GCCUCGAAAGGGAAAUAGUAGUAAAACUUUGUCCAGUUGCUUACAGUAUUUCCUGCACGAAUGUUAUAGAACUGUUUGUAGAGAUGCAUGAAAAUAAUACUUGGAUUUAAGAACCAAUUACAUUUAUAAUCAUAUUGUUGUUAAUUGUUGGACACUCCAUUAUGGUUAAUGGGACUACCGAGACGAACAGUUCCAGUCAUGGACUGAGUGAUGUUGAGCGAGUGUUGGUACCCAUAUUUGACAGCUUCAUCCUGGUAACCGGGGUGGUGGGACACAUCCUGGUUCUUAUCGUCAUCUGUCGUACGAUGCGGCGAGGACGUGGACAGCCCAGUGGAGGAAGGACUGGAGGAUUCCAACAAACAAAUGCAAAUGGCACAGAUGUUCUUCUUCUGUCAUUGAGUGUGGCAGACCUUCUCCUCCUGUCCUGUCUUCCAUACCACACAGUCGCCAUUGCAACCCGUCACUGGCCGUUUGGAAGCUUCAUGUGCAAGUCUGUGAGCUUCUUGAGUGCGAUGUGUACGGCGGCGAGCGCCUUUACGCUGGCCACUUUGGCUUUUGCGCGGUACAUCAUUGUGGUCCAUCAGUCAAAAGCAUAUCAAUGGCGCAGAGAGGGGCAUUUAAAAGUAGUUGCGGGUGUACUGUGGAUACCAGCGGUCGUCUUGGCAUCGCCUCAGUUUGCUUGGAGGACGCUGGACAACCAUAAAGCCCGUGAGAACCUGGCAUGUUUCAAUUUCCUGUCUGAUAAAGGCCAAUUGGCAUAUGGAGUGUGCCACUUCCUUCUCGCUUUUGCAUUUCCUCUUGGGAUCAUUGUAAUAGCCUAUGUCAAGAUAUACCAUUUCCUCAAAACAACUAGACAGGGCCGCACAACUCAGACUGACCAUUUAGAGCACUACCAUGUGCAUGUGACCCAGACGUCUGCUUUGUUAGUGCUGGCUUUUGCAUUGUGUUGGCUGCCAUCCUAUGGCUUGAUGUUUGCCCAAAUAGCUGAGGGUGAUAAAGCGGCUGGUCCUUUACCUCACUUUGGACCUUUUGCUACCUUUGCCCACAUCAUGGCAACCUCUUCUACAGUGGCCAACCCCAUUCUCUACGUUUUUAUGUCAGAGAAAUUCAGGAAGGAACUAAUGGACCUGGGUCGAGGAGUGUGUAGAAAAAGACCCUCCUAAAGUCAUACGGUUAAGAGUAAAUUACCACGAUUUA